GGUAUACUCUUGUAUCGUCCUUUACGUAUGGGGUACCGUUGGAAUUAAGUAAAAUUUCUAUAUUCGUUGAUGUUAAGUCAUAUUGAUAGUUAAAAGGAAUUGUUAAGACUCGCGCUUAUAUCUGACGGAAGAAUCUGAGAGAGAACGUAUGCCAGUUCUGCGUGGAAGUCAUAUCGUUUUAUUUUGAAACCUACUAAGAUACAACUAUGCCAAAGUCUAAGGAAUAUGUAUCAAGUAGCAGUACUAGUGGCAGUGAUAGCGAAAGCGAGGAUAAGAAGGUAAAAAAGCAGAAAAAGAGGAAGAGCGAAGAGCACGAAGAAAAGCCUGCGCCUAGUAAGAAACCGAAGAAGGAAGAAAAGAGCAAUGAAGAACCCAUUUGGGAUCUUGGAAAUAAUCGUCAAGUCAUGGUUCGAGAAUUCAAAGGAAAGCUCUAUGUAGACAUUAGAGAAAUGUAUUUUGAUAAGGAAGGAGAUCUGAAACCUGGAAAGAAAGGUAUUUGUCUUAACAUGGCACAAUGGCGCAAGUUCAUGUCGGUGGUAGAAGAGGUUGAUAAGGAAGCAAAAUUGAGAGGCUAGUACUCAAAAAGAGAAAAUCAUCAUGAAAACCUUGUAUUAGAUGGGUGUACAUGUUCUUGUAAUAAUGUAACAGUGUAAUUUACGUAUUACGUUUGUACAUUUUUUAUUCAAUGUGAGUACAUUCAACUGUGUGUAAUAUGCAAAAUAAAGUGAGGCACUGCCCACCGUUUAA